AUGAGCCCGCCAAAGGAGCUUCGCACGGGCCCCGACUUGGGUUUUAUGCGGCAGCCAGCUUAUCGACUGACCGGGAUCGAGGCAGGGCCGAAAGGAAUUAAUGCAAAACAAAAGUCCUAUCUCUACGUCUGCUGGGCGGGGUGCGGCAGUAAAUUACGCGAUGGGCGUCACACCACCGCCAUGUAUCAAUCAGGCGGCACCAGAUUUAUGGGACGUUUCGCUGCGGAAUCGUUAGUGCGACGAAAGCGCCGCCGUUAUCCGGGCGUCUUUCGCCCGGCUUUUUUCACCCCCCCCCCCCCCUCCCUUAGCCGAACUGCUCCCCCGCGCACCCCCCGCCCCUUGUUUGUCGGCUACGCUGAGUAUUUACUAAGGUUUAGUAGAAUCCCCUCGUUCAUCUAUUCCGGCCUACUGCAUAUCUCAUCUAUUGUAGGAGAUGCAUGUGUGCGUCGGGAUGAUAAUCUGAUCCUUGAUUGCAACGGGAACGGUCCCAAUGAGUCACGUAUCGCCGGAGCCAAUCACACGGCCGCAAACGUAUCCACAGCACAAGACGGCACGAUAAACGACCGUCCGAUAAUUCAGUCGGGCGAUGGGCGCGUGCGCGUGAGCAUCUGCCUUCUGCAACGUCUACUUUACGACGCCAAAGUAAACUGUUCGGUAUCAGACGCGAGCAGCGACUGGCCC